UUUUUUUUUCUCUCUUCCAAACCAGAAGGAACGCGCUGGUCUAAUCUGACGUAGACAACUUGACCUUCUGAAAGCAAAAAGAAGUGACCAAACGCCUUGAGGAGAGCCUACUCAGCAACAAGUCAGCUCUUUCUUGCUGUACCCAAGAUGUCUGCAUUGCCAUCUUUAGUUGUGAUCGGCGAAGAGAGCGUGGUGCACGAAUGUCUUCGGCGCAUCCUCGCUGCGCAAUUUUCGCUGAAGGCCGUUUUCACUUCCAGCCCCGAGGUUGAGCAAUGGUGUCAGGAGAAGAAGGUGUCUGUUUACGACAGGAAUGAGGAUAUUGAGAAAUGCGUGCAGGCGUGAACUCCACGUGCUGGGCGUUGAUCCAUGGUGAAGAUCACCACGGCGUGACGUGGCACGUGGUGGAACCGGGCAUCGAUGACGGGGACAUUCUCCAGGCACGCACGGUGCAGAUCGCAGAUGACGACACAGCAGGAACCCUUAACCUGAAAUGUCUGAGUGCGUGUCUGGAUGCGUUUGACGCUUUGCUGAAGAAUCUCAGAGACGGAUCGCUGAGCCGGCAACCCCAGGAUCUGAGUAAGAGGUCUUACUUUGGUCUCAAUCGUCUGCCUCCUUCCAUGGGUAUUCUGGAUUUCCAAAAAGACAGCGAAACAAAUUACAAUCUGGCUCGCGCUUGUCUUUUUGGCAACCAUGACAACCAACUGGGUAGUGCAAAGAUCAUGACGCCCGCAGGGACAUUCCUGGUGGUCACCCGUGUCUCUCUAGGCAAUGGUACUGGUCAUCCUGGUAGAAUCACUGCUGUGGGGGACGGUCAUCUUGAAGUGGACACGGCAAACGGAAAUUUGAUCAUGGAGGUCAAGGAUGUAAAUGGACUUUCAGUAAAAAAGGAGACCCUGGAAAGUCGCCACCACCUUGUCAAAGACCUGACUCUGGGAGAACUUCCUGAGGUCAACGAAAACCUGCUGACAGAGAUCAGGAAAAAGGAGAAGUACUGGGUGAAGCAACUGACCCAGUACAACCCUACAUCCAUCAGAAGUCAGCUGUUUGGGACGACCUACAUUGAAUGUGGAGACCCGUUUGAUUUUGAGGAAAAAAGAGUUGACAUCACCGCAAAGAGUGAUUGUAACGCGGAGCAGGUGGUCACAUUUCUGGGUCGUGUCUGCUGCACAGACAGUGUGCACGUUGGCGUGGUGGCUGACAUAGAGGACGCACCGAGACCUCUCCAGCCGAUGCUCUCUGACGUCAUUCCGGCAAUCAUCAAGAUGGACUUUUCAGAGACAACGAGCAGCAACGUGGUGUUGUGUGCUCAAGCUCUGGCCGAAUUUGGAAAGAAGAAGACCUAUAUCCAAGACGUGUUUCGUCGAUAUACCAGUCUGAAAGAGGUUGAGAAUCGCCCCUAUCACAAUCUGGUAAUCGGAGAGGACAAGGAUGUAAGCGAAGAGCGUCGCCGGAGGCUGUUGGCCGACUGCAAAGUCCUGGUCCUGCUGGUGGAGAGACAACUCCAGGUGUACUACAAAUCCCGAGAUGAGAGCACAUGUGGACAGGUCGUGGAGCUGCUGAAGUACCUGCCCCAGUUCCUGGACGGCGCAGGAGGCAUGGCUUUGCGAGACGUUGACCUCAUCUCGCCCGAAGACGCCGCAGCAUUGUACGGGAAGCCAGUUACGUCAAAGGAAACAGGAGAAGAACGUGACCUCAUGGACUACGUCAACGAUUUCUUCCGCAGUCAGCCAGACUGGCCGGCUGUCAGGUCCAGCAAGAUUGAGCUAACGUAUAGUCAGCUCCGAGAGAAAGUCAUGGACAUGGCGGAUCUGUUCAGCUCAGUGUGGCCGGAUAGUCACGUGCCCUUGGAGAACAGCGUGGCGUUGUACAUGCCCAAUAGUGUGUCCUACAUCCUGUCCGUCAUGGUCUGUGUGAGCAGCCGACGUCACUUUGUCCCUCUACCCGUGGAGCACCCAAGUGAGCGCGUCAAUUUCACCCUCAACGAUGCCAGGGCUUCAGUGAUUAUUGUCAACAAGAGCCAGUACGACAAAGGCGGUUUGGACCAUCUUCAGCCUCGCAUCCUGUGCAAAGUGUCCCCAGAGGUGUUCCCAGUUGAAGAAGAACUGUUUUUGGUCUCAGUGGAGCUGGACACAAAGGAUGGGGACAAAGAGACAGCCACCGUAGUCCCGAACUGCUGCUACAUCAUCUACACAUCAGGCUCUACAGGCCGACCAAAGGGCGUCCAGUGCCACCGACCUGGCGUGGUGAACCUCUCGAAGGGGCAGAUCAAGUUCUGGGAUCUUGACAAACAUGACGUCACCGCACAGUUCGCUUCCAUCGGAUUCGACGCGGUCAUCUCAGAGAUGUUCACCGUGUUCCUGUCCGGAGGCACCCUGGCCGUGCUCUACACCGACGAGCGUCAAGGCGACGAGUUCAAGAAGGUCAUGGUAGAUCUCAACGUCACGGUCAUGACUCUCCCCCCAGGCAUGUGGAACGUUUAUGAUCCAAAGGAAUUCCCCACUGUGAAAAAGGCCAUUACAGCAGGAGAGGCAUGCACACGCCCAAUUGCUACCAAGUGGGCUAGUCACGCGCGCUUCUUCAAUGCUUACGGACCAGCAGAGAAUACGGUCUGUGCUACCAUUUUCGAGUUUAACCCGAAGCAGGGGACGGACGGUGAUCUGCAGGACUUGCCAAUAGGCUAUGGUAUUGAGAACGUGCAAGUGUACGUCUUUGACGAGUUUCUUAAACCAGUCCCUCCUCAUGUAGUAGGAGAGCUCUACAUUGGCGGAAAUUCCCUCUCAGCAGGUUAUAUCGGCCACGCUCGGGCUAUGAAUGAGAUUCGGUUCCUGCCCAAUCCACUGUGUCAAGGCCAGCUGCUGUACCGGUCAGGUGACCAUGCCGUGGCCUCGGAAAAUGGCGACCUCACCUUUGUAGGCAGACUGGACGACCAGGUGAAGAUCCGUGGACAGAUGGUCCACUUGAGUGGUGUGGAGAAAGUCGUGCUGAGCUUCCCCGGAGUGAGCGAGGCGGCUGUCGUCAAGCAUCAGGUCGGACAAUCUGACGCAGCACUGGCUGCAUUUGUGGCUCCUGCCGAUCUGUCCAAGUCGGAACUCAUGGCGUACCUUCAGAGUAAACUCAACAAGUAUAUGAUCCCCUCCUACGUCAAGUUUAUGGACGUCAGCGAGUUCCCUAAGAACCUCAGCGGCAAGAUUGACAGGAAGAAGCUGGAAACGGAUGAGUCUGUGAUGCGUCGUGACACGUCGGACGUCCUGCCACCUGCCACGCCCACAGAGCGACGCCUUGCCGAAAUCUGGGCCGAUCUUCUGGGCCUGAAGUUGGCCAUCGUGAGCCAGGAUGACGAGUUUGAGGAUCUAGGCGGAAACUCUCUGAAGAAUGUUCAGCUGCUGGAGAUAAUCAAAAGAGAUUUUGCUGUGAGCCUGCGGUAUACAGACAUCGAAGACGGCACUACUCUCUCGGAGAUGGCUGCUGAGAUUGACCAGGCCAUGCAGUAAAGGCCUCACUGUUGAAACUUCAUUUCUUAGCCUAGUCUAGGGAAAAACGAUUGUUAAGUAGAUUUUUCACGAAACGCAUUCACUAAUAAAAAUGAAAUUCGGAGGAAAAAAGUUUGAGAUAUUUCCAAGCAGGCCGUUUUCUUCAUAUUCAACAAUAACCUUUAAAUUUUACUUUCACGUUCCGUUACAACACUUUAUUUACAUAGCUCUAUUUUUAUCAAUUCUUUUUCUCAACUUACCAAGUAGAUGCGUACAUCAACAUCAGUGUUUCUUCAAUCUGUCUUACAGCGUGCUGUAGUAACAACUUAUCCCUUUAUUUGGAAUCACACAAUUUUCGUGGACAGAAGCUGCUUUAAGGUAUUGGAAAUAUCUUUUUUUAGAAGACAAGUAGCAGAAAAAAAUCCGUGUGCACUCAUUUGCCUUUUGUAAUUAAAUAGUUUUACUUUGUUCGUCCCGAAUUAAAACUACAGGUACCUAGCUAUAGUAUUGCGAAAUAAGCUGCCUUUUUCUUUCAAAUAGUAGAAUUGUUUUGUUGAUACCUACGUGCUGUUUAUUUAAUCCCUUGACUAAGAACUGAUUUGUGAAUAUUUACCUUUCAUUGAAUGAGUUCGGUAACAGACAUUUCAUUACUUUUCAAGAGAAUAUUGUGUUUUAAAAAACAUGUGAGAUUUUUCAACAGAAUCAGUUUUUCCUUUUUUUUUUCUUUUGGUAGUAUUCAUAAGAGUGCCCAUAACUAUCUUGAUUACAUGUAUUGGGAAUCACAUAGCCCGUGGACUUAAUUGAGUCUUCAGGUUUGGGAUAGGCAUCUAACUUUCACUAUUCAUUUAUAUGUUUCCGUUAGAGUUAUUUUAACACGUUUCAUUAUAUUAAGCUUAUUUUGUUAGCCCAUCUCCUUCAAUUAGGAUAAGUUAAUUGAAUUCUGUAACCAGUAUUCCAAACACUGUGAAAGAUAAAACUACAAAAAGUUUACCUACUUGUGUUUGUUUCAUCUUUCUUGACCCCUGACUCCACUACUAUCGAAGCUCCAACCAUCAACAUCAGCAUCGCCAGUAUCAUUAGGCCCAGUCGUAGAUCUAGCCUCUGGUUGCUCUAGUGGUGAUCCCUUGCCACUUCCACUAUCGUCAAAAAUCAUCAUCGAUGUUAUGCGAAACAUUGCAUCGUCUUCAACUGUCAUAUCCACCGAUAUAUCCGACUGGGUAUCGUCAUCUGGGUCUGGUUCAGGAUUUUUUUAAAUGUCAAGAAGAUUGCGACCUGAAGGGUCUAGCAGCGAUAAAUCACUAAUUUUUUCUUUAAUUUGCAAAAAUUCCAAACUUUAGGUGUAAAACUGAUCUUUAUAAGAUAAUCCGAUACUUUACUUCCUGCUUGCGACAGAGUCAUCUGGAGUUACUUCCCCUGUUUCAGGUUACCAGCGGUAGGGCCAAUAGGAAAUGACAGCGUAAACCGACACCAGGGGUUUAGGAUUUUAAGGGUUUUUAAAUAACCAUAGUUUUGAUCUACCUUUGUCUAAUUAUAUUUGUCCGCUUUUUGUUGUUGUUUGGUAGUUGUUUUUUUUUCAAAUUUUUCAAUAAAGUAAGUAAGCGUU